GUCAAUGGUGAGUCAUAUUUCUUGUUGAUACUGGGGCUGCUAUGUCUGUCAUUAACUGCAAGGCUAUGAUAAAACAUCCCAUGUCUAAUGAAAUAGUCAAAACUGUAGGGGCUUCAGGCCUCCCACUCAGAGAGCAGGUAACUAUGCCUCUGCCUGUCUCCUUUUGUGAGGAGAAGUGUAAACAUCAAUUUCUCUACUCUGACCACUGUCCUGUCAAUCUGAUGGGCAGGGACCUCCUGUGUAAACUUGGCAUCAACAUAACAUGUGGUUUAACUGUUAUUCAUGAGGAAGAGGAGGAAGUGGGGGGAGCAAUUGAUGUUAAUGUCUGAGUGUUGUGACUGGUAUUAUGCAUGGGAUGUUGAUGAUGAGGUGCCCAAUAUUGCUCGUGUUUUCUCAAUGGCCAAAACCCAUUGGGGCCACGAGGGCAGUUUCAUGUCUGAAGCAGGCUUACAUUGCACCUCCAAUUUUUCACCAUUGACAAGAGAUCUCCAUUAUGAGAAACAAUGGCUGUGUGAUACAUUACAGAAUGAGUCAGUGAAGUGUGACGGUUUCUACUGUAGCAGUGAUUUCUGUGCUUUAGGGGUUAAUCUGCACAGAAAGAGCUCUACCUGUUUGAGGAUAGCGCACCACAUGUGUCCCUGGCAAAAUCAGACAGAGUAGAAUGGGUGGAUACUGGAAUUUGGAUGAAAUGCUUGGUUGAUGCUACAGACUGGGAGAUGCGCCCUGAUGGGUCAACUUAUUCACCCAGCACACUGACAAGUUGUUACCCACUCAGUUGGGGAACACCAACUGAGAGUGGUGUGCAUGGUGUUGAUCAGGUUUCUUUUUCUACCAAUAUCAUGUUGUUGAGUGAAGACUCACCCCUCCUGAGAGGGGUCCCUGAAUGCCUAUGGGCAAGGGACAAGUAUGAUUUUGGGAGAAUAAAGGGAGCUGAGCCAAUGGUAGUCACUCCUAAAGAUACCAGGUGCCCAUUUAGAGCACAGUAUCCACUCAGUAGGGAGGCAAUAGCAGGUAUUACACCUGUUCAUGCAUCUUUGUUAGCUAAUGGUGCUUUAAUUCCCUAUCCAGAAUCACCCUGUAACACCCCUAUCUUGCCUGUUAGAAAACCUUCAGGUGAUUGGAGAUUUGUCCAGGACUUAAGGCCUGUGAACAAUGCAGUUUUUGCCCGUGCCCCGGUGGUUCCUAAUGUGGUGGUUCCUAAUGUUACUACACUGUUGGGGGCGGUACCACCCACAGCAGAGUGGUUCUCUGUGAUUGAUUUGACGAAUGCAUUUUUCAGUAUUUCAGUGGCACCAGAAUCUCAGUUCUGGUUUGCUUUCACGUUUCUAGGAAAGCGAUUUACUUGGAUCGUGGCUCCAAUGGGUUACGUGGAAUCCGCCGCAAUUUUUUCAGCGGCUUUAGCACAAAAUCUGGAGGGUUUUAUACCCCCUGAGGGCAGCACUCUGAUUCAGUAUGUGGAUGAUUUGUUGUUGUGCUCCAGCUCAAUGGAAACUUGUGAAACUGAUACUCGGGCUCUGUUGAUAUUUCUCGCUGAGAAUGGCCACAAAGUUUCAAAGAAGAAGUUACAGUUGGUUUCACAGACAGUGAGGUAUUUGGGUCAUGACAUCUCUCCCAAUGGCAGGCAGCUGGGUAAAGAGAGGAUACAGGCUAUUCUCUCUGUCCCACAGCUGGUUACUAAACGACACAUGAUGUCAUUGACUGGUAUGGCGUGGUUACCUGACUAUGCUGAGGUGGUGCAGCCGCUUGCUGACCUUAUUUAUGGCCACAAAAUGGCUAUGAGUGACAAAAUUAAGUGGACACCAGAGGGACUGACUGCUCUGACCAGACUGAAACAACUCAUGACUACUUCUCCCUGUUUGGGGCUCCCUGACCAUUCUAAACCUUUGAACCUCUUUGUUUGUGAGAGAAAUGGUUUUAUGUCAUCUGUUUUAACACAGGAACUUGGAGGAAAGCAGUGCCCAGUUGGGUAUUAUUCCAAACAGCUGGACAGUGUGGCCAGAGGUCUGGUUUGUUGUUUGAGAGGUGUGGCUGCUGCUACUGAAGCUGUGUUGGCUUGUGCAGACAUUGUUGCCAUGUGUGAACUCACUGUACACGCUCCUCGUGCUGUACAUGCUCUUAUUUCACAGGCAAAGACGGCCCAUCUAACACCAGCUCGACUGCUCCAUUAUCAGAAUGUUCUUCUGACAAUGUGUCAUGUGACCCUGAAGAGGUGCACUGUGUUAAAUCCUGCUACUUUGUUGCCCACCGAGGACGAUGGAGAGCCGCACGACGGUGCUGAACUGUUGGAGCUCGUCUCUCAACCAAGGUCGGAUUUAACUGAUGUCCCUUUGCAAAAUGCACAUUUGGAACUGUUUGUAGAUGGCUCUGCUCAGCGUUCUGAGAAAGGAGAACCAUUGGUUGCGUAUGCGGUUACUACUGCCUCAACCACACUGGAAAGUGCUAAAUUACCCUCCCACCUUUCUGCUCAAGCAGCAGAACUCUUUGCACUCACUAGAGCUUGCAUAUUAGCUAAAGGCCAGUCUGCUACAAUCUAUACAGAUAGCAGAUAUGCCUUUGGUGUGGUACAUGAUUUUGGUACUCUGUGGAAACAGCACGGCUUCCUGACCUCCUCUGGUAAGGCGAUCUCUCAUUCAAAACUUGUUGAUAACUUGCCAAAAGCUAUUUUGCUCCCUUCUGAAAUUGCUGUUUGUAAGUGCCUUGCUCAUGCUAACUCUUCCGACCCGGUCUCCAAAGGUAAUGCUAUGGCUGACUUGGCAGCAGCUGUCUCUUUGGAGGCCCCUGUGUUACAGAUGGUUUUACUUCCUGAUAAUAACCUCUUCUCUCCCACUGAUAUCUCUGACUUGCAAUCCUCUGUAGGUCCUGUUGAGUUGAGGAAGUGGAAACGACUAUGUACAUAUGACCAGGUGCAGAAACUCUGGCUGGGCCCGGCUGGGCUACCAGUCUUACCACGUUCAUGUUUCCCCUACUUAGCUAAGUUGUCACAUGGAAGAGAUCAUGUGUCAAAGGGGGGAGUUGUUGAUUUUGUAAAUACAUUUUGGUUUGCACCUGGGUUUUCUGUGUUUGCUGAACAAUUUUGUGCAAAAUGUGUGAUUUGUAUGACUAACAACAUGGGAAGAGGGAUUCCCAUGCCACUGUCGGCUCAUCCGACCCCUGAAGGACCAUUUGAACACAUAAUGAUGGAUUUUAUUUAACUCUCUCCUUGUCAAGGUUACAAAUAUUGUCUGGUGAUAGUGGAUGCCUUCUCCAAGUGGGUAGAGGCAUUCCCAUGUCGACAUUCCACUGCUCUGGCAGUAGCCAAGAAUCUCCUUAGGGAGAUCAUCCCAAGGUGGGGGUUACCAUCUAAAUUAACCAGCGACAAUGGCUCCCACUUUGUAAACCUGGUGAUACAGAACUUGUCUGAGAGUCUGCAGAUAGACCUCAGGACCCAUUGUAGCUAUAGGCCGCAAUCCGGUGGUUUAAUUGAACGCGCUAAUCAAACGCUGAAAUCUAAGAUGGUGAAGCUUAUGGCAGAGACGGGGCUUUCUUGGGUCACUGUGAUCCCCCUGGCUCUGAUGUACAUGCGAGGGAGGCCCCACAGAACCACUGGAUUGGCUCCUCAUGAGGUUCUGACAGGUAGACCAAUGAGGAUGAUUAAUUCUCCCUUCCCACAGAACAAGCUGACACUGAUGGGCUGUGACGAUGACAUGGUAAGUUAUUGUACUGCUCUAAACAAUGUUCUGAAGGCUAUUUUCCCCAGGGUGAAAGCAGCUCUACCCCAGCCACUGGUGGGUAUCCUGCACAAACUGCAACCAGGUGACUGGGUGGUGGUGAAAGACCUGAGACGAAAGCAUUGGAACCAGCAGAGGUGGACUAGACCAUACCAGGUGAUGCUGAUUACCCCCACUGCUGUUCGCGUAGCUGAGAGGUCUACUUGGAUCCACGCCAAUCACUGCAGGAAGGUGCCAUACUGCCCACCAGACCCUGAGGAUGGAGGACCAGAGACGCCGGAAGUCACCGACUAGAUGGGAGGAUCAGGCCCAGACUCUACGCAUAAUGUUUCUUGCUCUGGUCUUGAGCCUUCUCAUUACAGUUGCCAUAUGGACAGUGACUCAAGGACAACCGGUCCUGGAAAGACAACAUGGUACGGACUCGACUGAUAACCAUUCAGUCCCACUGCGGGACUUAAAUAGCAGCCACUCCAGCUCGAGCCAACGGCAGGCUCAGGACAGGAGUCCAGCAAACAAUAGCCGCUCCCAUAUCGAAAGAAGAAGGUCAAUGCAUCCACUGGAUGAGCAUCACAGUAGGAAUCACGAGGGAAACACUUGGUGGUCACUGCUUAACUAUACAGUAAAGACUGAACUGAUGUUAGGAAAUACCUCCUGUUAUGUAUGUAGCUUGUUUCCACAUUCAGCGAUCUCCCCAUUCUUACAGUAUUCAGUAGAGGUCAGCAUUAAUGACACUAUGUGCACUAGAGGUGCUCUUGUCCAAUGAGAACACAGGUGGUCAACCUUCACUAUGUAGAACUCUGAGGGAUAAAUACAUUAAUGGUAAUUUGUCAUCAACAAAAGAUUUACGGGGGGGAUUUGAUUGUUCACAUUGGUGUAGUAGAAUCAUCUUAGAAACUAGAUCCCGUGUACCAGAACCUAUUCAAGUCCAACCCCGGCGAACCCCAUUUAGGACCGGUCAUUGUCACAAUCCAAGCAAUAUUUCCAUACCACAAUUGAAUGAAUCCUAUCUGGGAAUGUCAACAUGUGUCAAUUAUAGUGUUUUCCCAAUAGGAUGUAGCUGGAAGAAGGGAACAUGCAGCUCUGGAUACCCCAUUAGAGUGAGGGUGGGACACACCAUUAUUGAUGCUGAAACUGACAAGCUUUCUCCUCAUCAAUUUGGCUCAGCAACAUUUACUGAUCAUUAUUGGAUUUGUGGUGAUAAAGCUUCUCUCUACCUACCCACAAAUUGGACAGGGUGCUGUAUUUUUGGUAAACUAAACAGCUCCCUUGUGGUAAUGCAUAAAACUAAUUCCUCUAUUCCAAGCAGGUUAAGACUAAUUAAGAGGGACAUCUCGCAAUACAAUAAUGUCCCUAGUGACUCUCGACGAUCCUCGAAAUUGGAAAAGUUCUGGCGUGGUUUAAUCCCCUGGUAUGGGGCAUCGGAGAAUGCACAUGAGUUGGAUAGGCUAGGAUAUCAUUUGGAAUCCCUGGUAAAUUUGACCACUGCAGGGUUUUCUAUGAUAAGACCAGAAUUACAAGACACUCAACUCAUGGCAAAACAAAAUAGAGUGGCACUUGACAUGUUGCUAGCACGUGAAGGAGGGGUGUGUCAAAUUAUAGGAGAUCACUGUUGUACAUUUAUACCCCAGGAAGAUGACAAUUUGACUAUUGUAGUGGAACAUUUGAAAGGGAACACCAGCCUGACAUCAACUGGAAUCCGUUAGGAUGGGUUCAGUCAGUGUUUGGUGCUUGAGCUGCGACCAUUUUCCACUGGUUCAUCUGUGGUCUAAUAUUACUGAUUGCUCUUGUUGCUAGUUAGCAUUUGUGUGAAGAAAUUGUUUAAUAAAGUGGUUGUUGUUCUUA